UUAUUAGGUUAUUUCAAAGUUCACAACUUUAAGUCCCUUAAUUCAAUUCUGUCUCAAUUCUGUCAGAUUUAAACAGUUCAGGAGAUUUUAUUUUUAUUUUCGGUCAACUACAAAUCGCUCUGUUAUGAGAUUCAUCGUUUUAGGAUUAGUCUGUUUUUCAGUCCUGGCUGCUUCCGCAGACCAAGAUCUACGUCAAACCUUCAAGGAUUGGAAAGUAACUUUCGACAAAAUUUACGGAGGUGGACUCAGAAAUGAACUGGCCCGAUUCCGUCAGUUCAAGAAGUCUGCUCAGACUAUCGAAUACAUAAACUCUAUCCAGAGUGAUUGGGUGGCUGGGUUCACACUGUUUGCAGAUAUGACUGAUGAGGAGAAGGCUGCCUUCACUGGGAUAAACAAAAACGACACUGCAUUAGAGUCGAACUUAGAAAUCGAUCCGAGUCCACUAGACCCCACUAAUCCUGAGAAGCAAUAUUGGGACAUGGGUCCGGCAAAGAACCAGUGGGCCUGCGGAAGUUGUUGGGCGUUUGCUGCCAUUGGGGCCAUAGAGGGUAUGCAUCUAAAGGAACACGGGGAAUUCCGGGAUUUCUCCGAGCAAACGUUACUGGACUGUACCUUCGAAGACAUUGGUAGAGAUGGUUGUAAUGGAGGAUGGAGUGACACUGCCAUUUCCUUUGCUGGAUCCGAGAGUCCUAUAUCCAAAUCUAAUGAUUACGGCUAUCUCCCGCUUAGGAAGGAUAAUCCCUACAAAGGUAAUGACCGCGAAUGCACAGAGUUGAAGACCCCUCACUCCAAUGGUCUGCGCAGAGCCAAGCCCUACGCUCACCUUGCCCGGUAUAGGACGAGGAAUGAUGCAGGGUUACAACACGCUCUAGCUACAGAGGGACCCGUAGUGGUGUACAUAUACAGCUCCUGGGCUUUACCUUUCUACACUACCGGCACCUACAGAGGGACAGGGUGUGGGACAAACCCUACCACUAAUCAUGCCGUGGUGGCAGCUGGAUAUGAGAAAGAUUACUGGUACGUGAAGAACAGUUGGGGGAGUCUGUGGGGUUACAGUGGUUACGUCUACUUCUCCAGAGGUUGGGAGAACCUCUGUUCCAUCUCUAGUUCCAGAAAAACUAUCGAGUGGAGGCCUAACGAGAAUUGGGAGAUUUGUACGGACACCCAUCCCUCGGAGCGCACACCAUGUGAUUCCAGUGCCAACCUGAACCAGGAGGUCUGUCAGGCUAGAGGCUGCUGUUAUGAUUCAAACUACGCGGGAACUGCCGCUCAGUGCUUCAUCAAGGGCAAGGUAACUAUCUACGACGAUGAAGGGAAGAGGCGAGUUUUGUACGCCUCAGCUGAAGAGUUUAGUCAGUUCGAAUUCAGCUACUACGGAAAAGCGGCUCAGGUGGAAAUAGGAUCCUGGAAACUGUUCGUCGAAGAUGAUUACUAUGGGGACUAUAAGAUAAUCAAACCAGAAGAUGGUAAAGUUACUUUCGACUUCCAAUCUGUACAAAUAUUAAAUUAGAAUAUUUAAGG